UAUUCACGUGCUUAUCAGUUGUUUUUUGCUCAGUCCCCAGUUUAAGAUCUGUUUUUACUUUGGCAAUGGAUAACGUCAAGAGUGGAAAAUCGGCGACCUUCAAAUACGGACCAGCUGUCCGCAUCGGAAUUGCAGUCCUUGUGCUUCACACGGUGGGCUGGUUGGGCUGGAAGGCCGUGAAUCAGGGAGCGGACUCCAAAGAAGCGGCCAAAACAGCAAAUGUUAAGCAAGAUGAACUGCGAGCCGCUCUACAGCAAAAGUGAUAGCUAAGCUUAGUUGCGUUGCUUCUAGACCCGAGACCAGAAGGUAUAAUACUCUCAAAAAAACGAAAAUGUUAGCCAGGUUGAUUUUGAUCA